AAAAAAUAAACCAAAAACAAAAGGAAAAAAAAUUGAAAAAAAAUGGGUGCUCAGGGUAGCAGAGUGGAUUUUAAGCAAGUUGUACUAGAUGUGACGUCCAAGCCGGGAAAAGACGAUGAGACAUUUUGGGAUCAAGCUUGGUGGCCAGAUUCAGUGAACGAGAUUUUCGCCAUGAUUUCCGGAGAAGACAUUCGAAAGUUGAGAGAUGAAUCGCCGAAAAAUCUAGCCACACUCGUUUACAAAACCGUCGAAAAACUGCAGUUUUCUAGAAAUCAUCCGGCUACCAUUGAUCAGAAGAAGACUAUCAACGCAAUUCGACUGCUCACUAGGAUCGUACCAUACUUGCUCGAAGAUGCCGAGUGGCGUGGCUACUUCUGGUCUCCGAUUCCCCAUGGCGACGCUGCAAAGCCGCUGGCUGCGGUACUUCUUGAGACACUCUCAGAUCUUCUUUUCUGCCCAGAAUUCACAAUUACACAUGCAAAUGGACAAAAAAUCGACGAUCUUUCCACAAUCGAUUCGUGCGAGUACAUCUGGGAAGCUGGAGUAGGAUCUGGAAAUAAGCCUCCAAUGGUGGCUCUGCACUAUCAGAAUCGGACGGAAAUAUUGAAGCUUCUGCUUACAUGCUUUGCAGAAUUGAUUUAUGCGCCGGUUUCAGACGAGACCCGACUUCGGUGGGUUAUCCACUUCACGUCUGUCACAAACCCGCACGUUCUUCCCAUUUUCACUUCGUUGCUGAACAUCGUUUGCGCCUACGACCCCGUUGGCUACGGAUUGCCCUACAAUUAUUUGCUAUUCAACGAUUCUAGAGAACCACUAGUCGAAAUUGCUCUCCAGGUGCUCAUUGUAUGUUUGGACAAAGAGACUCAACCGAACACGGAUGAUUCCGGAUAUAAAGACAACUACUUCAUCAAUUACCUAAGUAGAAUUCACAGGGAGGAGGAUUUCGAUUUCAUGCUGAAAGGAAUCACACGACUUCUCAGUAACCCCAUCCACUCGUCGUCAUCUUACCUUCCAAACUCAACGAAAAGAGUCAACUUUCAUCAAGAGCUAUUGGUGCUUCUGUGGAAAUGCUGUGAAAUCAAUCAAAAGUUCAUGUUCUACGUUCUGAAAACUUCUGACGUUCUGGACAUUCUCGUACCAAUUUUGUACCACAUUUCAGAUGCCCGAAAUGAUUCUGGAAGAGUUGGUCUCAUCCAUAUGGGUGUUUUCAUUAUUUUGCUGCUCAGUGGAGAGCGAAAUUUUGGAGUUCGUCUGAAUAAGCCAUACACAGCCAAAGCAAAUAUCAAUGUGCAAACGUUUACUGGAACACACGCAGAUUUAUUAAUUUUAGUUAUCCAUAAACUAAUCACAACUGGAAAUUACCGCCUGCAGACCCUGUUCGAUUGUUUCCUGACAAUAAUGGUGAAUGUGUCUCCAUACAUGAAAUCGCUAUCAAUGGUGGCGGCAAACAAACUCGUUCAUCUCGUCGAGGCAUUCUCAACUCCUUGGUUCCUGUUCUCAUCGCCCACAAAUCCUCAACUAGUUUUCUCACUUCUUGAGGUGUUUAACAAUGUUAUCCAAUACCAAUUUGAUGGAAAUUCCAACUUAAUAUAUACAAUCAUCAGAAAAAGGAAUGUAUUCUACCAACUUUCCAAUUUAUCAACGGAUGCUGCUUCCAUCGCGAAAACCUUAUCAGGACGAAAAAGUAAAUCUGCUAAUCGUGACGAGAUGGUAGAUCAGCUGAAGUCCCCAACCUCUACCGCUCCACCGGAAAUCCCAGCAGCUGAUGCUCCCGCAGCACAGACAUUAGGAGGAGUGAGCACAACGACGGGACUUGCAGCAACGCCAGCUCUUGCUUCCAUGACAGGAAAUGUUGGAAACUGGGAAGAACGGCCGGAGUCUUCGCAAGAUAACGAGUGGAUAGCAACACAAGAAUGGGCCGAUGCAUGGAAGUCGAAACUUCCUCUGCAGACUAUCAUGAGAUUGCUCCAAGUGUUGGUGCCGCAAGUUGAAAAAAUUUGCAUCGAUAAAGGCCUCACCGAUGAGAGCGAGAUUCUGAAAUUCCUUCAACAUGGAACUCUUGUGGGACUUCUUCCAGUACCACACCCAAUUGUAAUCAGAAGAUAUCAAACGAAUAUUGGCACAAAUCACUGGUUCCGCAUCUACAUGUGGGGAGUCAUUUAUCUCAAACACACACAACCCCCAAUUUGGUACGACACCGAUGUGAAACUUUUCGAGGUUCAACGAGCGUGAACAAUCUAGAACAUGUGUCACUUUAUGAAUAUCGCUUGUGCAUUAUCCUGCAUUUCGCAUAUCUUCUUUAUGUUGUGCAUGUGAAGUUUUUCUUGUUUUCUUCCUCUCAUUCUCAUCCCCAUUUUUUUUUCAAUACCACAUCAAACAAGCGUUCGAGCUUCGUAUAUCUGUGUUCACGUAAAUUGAUUCUCUCUUUUUUCAUUCAGCAUUUUCUGUUUUAAAAUUUUUGAAAUUUUAGAUCUCUGAAUGUUUCUUGUGAAAAAAAUGAAGUAAAAACCUUAUUU